AAUGUGCAGCGGUAGAAUCGGCCUGAUGGUUUUAACCGUGUUAAUCUAUGUCGGUAUAAUCAUAAUCGUUGUUGCCUGGGGAGAAAAACUGGAACUGAAUGAAAAAACAGGGAAAACCGAAAAAACCCACUGGGAGUCUGCGAUGAAGGUUGGCCUUGGAAUAACGGUGGCCUUUGUUUGCGUUCUCGUUUAUCAGCUGUAUCAGUACUGCAAACCGCAGCCGCAAGCACCUCCCGGAAACGUUAGGGUUUUGUUCGACGCCCGGACCGCCGCCGACCCCACAGUCCGUCCUUUUUUCCAACAGUUGAAUCCUCCAGCCCCAUCAUACGGCACACUGUCUGAGACCUAUUCGCCGCCGCCGUACACGGAAACGGCAAUUAAAAUGGACUGGCGAGAACCUUCACCCCCGCCAUAUGUGGAGUGUCCGGAAUGUCUGCGUACUGGGCCCGGGAUUCCACUGCGGCACGCAAUUACAUGCGAAAAACUUAAAAAACGCAACUGAUUAGUAGAUAUUAAUAGGAUACGUGUACUAAUUGUGUUGAUUAUUGAUCUUCUACGUACUCGACCUGCUCCAUGGCCAGUCCUUCAGUAUCGAAGGUUACGGGGAUAAUGUGCCAGUGUUUUCGUUCACUUUCCCUCUUGUUAGAGGAAAUUUUUUGUGUAUAUAUGGUUAACCAUGUUUUGCGUUUGGCGUAUUACUUUUCAUUUGAUGAUCAGUUUGUACUUUGUAUGAUCAUUUGGCUGGGCAAGCUUUCAUCAGCAUAAUUUUCCAGGAAACUAUCUGAAUGAAGCAGAUGAAAAUGUCAGUGUUAACACGAACGGAAA